CGGCGCGCCAUAGAGACGGAGGGAAGGAAGGGUCGCCUCCUUGCGCCCAGCUCCGGUUCCCGGGUGAGGAAGGGGGGCCCCGGCGUGAGGGAAGCGGGCCGGUCCCCGACCCCUUGUUGCGCCGCCGCCUUUGGCGCCGGAGGGAGUCUAGCCCGGGAGGCGCCGGGCAGCGCCCUCUUUCCCUCCGCCCGUCCAGGAACAGCAAGAUGUUGGUUAAAUGACUGGUUUCUAAUACCUGAGAAGAACAAGGAUUCAGAAUUCAAGAUGAAAACCAACAAGGUCUACAAGCUCGUCAUACACAAGAAGGGAUUUGGAAGCAGUGAUGAUGAGCUUGUGGUGAACCCCAAAGUAUUUCUUCAGAUCAAGCUGGGGGACAUCGUGGAAAUUGCACACCCCAAUGAUGAAUACAGCCCUCUGCUCCUGCAAGUGAAGUCACUUAAGGAGGAUUUACAGAAAGAAACCAUAAGUGUAGAUCAGACGGUUGCUCAGGUGUUCCGACUUAGACCCUACCAGGAUGUCCACGUGAAUGUUGUUGACCCAAAGGAUGUGACCCUUGAUUUGGUGGAGCUGACGUUCAAGGAUCAGUAUAUUGGGCGUGGCGAUAUGUGGCGGCUGAAGAAGAGUCUGGUUGGUACCUGUGCGUAUGUCACUCAGAAGGUGGAAUUUGCAGGUAUUCGGGCUCAGGCAGGUGAACUGUGGGUUAAAAGUGAGAAGGUCACCUGUGGCUACAUCAGUGAAGACACCCGGGUGGUGUUCCGCUCAACCUCUGCCAUGGUUUAUAUCUUCAUCCAGAUGAGCUGUGAAAUGUGGGAUUUUGACAUCUAUGGGGACCUUUACUUUGAGAAAGCUGUGAAUGGCUUCCUUGCUGAUCUCUUCACCAAGUGGAAGGAGAAGAACUGCAGCCAUGAAGUGACAGUGGUCCUCUUUUCUAGAACAUUCUAUGAUGCCAAGUCCUCAAAUGAAUUUCCGGAGAUGCAGCGCUCCUCAAUUCAGCAGGAUCACGAAGGAAGAUUCUAUGAAGAUUUUUACAAGGUGGUGGUCCAGAACGAGAGGCGAGAGGAGUGGACCUCCUUGCUCAUAACCAUCAAGAAGCUCUUCAUCCAGUACCCUGUCCUGGUGCGCUUAGAGCAGGCAGAGGGCUUCCCUCCGGGGUACAAUUCCACCUCUGCUCAAGGAAAUUAUUUGGAGGCCAUAAAUCUGUCAUUCAAUGUGUUCGACAAACAUUACAUCAAUCGGAACUUUGACCGAACAGGGCAGAUGUCCGUCGUCAUCACACCUGGCGUAGGGGUCUUUGAAGUGGACCGGCUUCUCAUGAUCUUGACCAAACAACGCAUGAUCGAUAAUGGGAUCGGGGUGGACUUGGUGUGCAUGGGAGAGCAGCCCCUCCAUGCUGUGCCCCUGUUCAAGCUACACAAUCGCUGCAGUCCUGGAGACUCUCGCUUGGGGGAUGACUACAACAUACCUCACUGGAUCAACCACAGUUUCUACGCCUCCAAGAGCCAGCUCCAGUGUAACAGCUUCACUCCACGGAUCAAGCUGGCUGCCAGGAAACCACAGAGUGAAAAAGGAAAAAGCAGCAAGGAUUCUUCCUUAGCGGCCCCGAAAGAGACAGAGAACGCUCUCCCCAUUCAAGUGGAUUAUGACGGCUACGAUGCCCAAGUCUUCCGUCUGCCCGGCCCGUCCAGAGCGCAGCGUUGCGCCACCUUCAGCCGGUCCGUGCGGGAACGAGAGAGCCGCCCCCGGAAGAGCUCCAGCUCCUAUGAUGUCUCCUCCAGCCCUUCCCUGCAGAGCCGCCCCUUGCCGUCCGAGGAGGGGCGGGGCCAGGCUUCUGACGACAGCUCCCUGGGCAAGAUCUCCAACAUCCUGCUGAUCCCACGCCCACACCUGCACCUCCAGUACGAAGUCAGCAGCUCUUUGGGCUACACCAGCACCCGAGAUGCUCUUGAGAAUAUGAUGGAGCCCCAGCAGCGAGACUCGAGCGCUCCUGGAAGGUUCCACGUGGGCAGCGCAGAGUCUAUGCUGCACGUCCGUUCCGCUGGGGGAUAUGCACCACAGAGGGCCCUCAUCAACCCCUUCGCCCCCUCCCGGAUGCCCAUGAAGCUCACAUCCAAUCGGAGGCGCUGGAUGCACACCUUCCCUGUGGGUCCUUCUGGGGAAGCAAUCCAGAUCCACCACCAGACGCGGCAGAACAUGGCGGAGAUGCAGGGCAACGGGCAGCGGGACUGGACCCACUCCUCGGCCGAACUGUUGGAGCUGGCCUACCAGGAGGCAGCGGGGAGGCACGGAGUUCCUUGGCAUCCAGAUGACAGCCCUUCCUUCUUGAGCUUCAGUGGGAUGGAAGAUUAUCCCCACCAGCUGACUGGUAGCCACAGCGCAGGAAUGAAUGUCCGAAGCCAAAACAAGGACUCCUUGGAAAGUGCUGUCUCUAACUCUCCGGAUCCGAUUCUGACACUGUCUGCUCCCCCUGUAGUGCCAGGCUUCUGUUGUACAGUUGGGGUGGACUGGAAGUCCCUCACCACUCCGGCUUGCCUCCCCCUCACCACGGACUAUUUCCCGGACCGCCAAAGCUUGCAGAAUGACUACACCGAGGGUUGCUAUGAUCUGCUUCCCGAAGCUGAUCUGGACAGGAGGGACGAGGAAGGUGUGCAGAUGACGGCCCAGCAGGUGUUUGAGGAGUUCAUCUGCCAGCGCCUCAUGCAAGGCUAUCAGCUCAUCGUGCAGAGCAAGCCUCAGAAGCCGCCCGCAGCAGUCCAACCCCCUCUCAGUAGCAGCCCCGUGUACAGCAGAGGCCUCGUGUCGCGCAUUCGAGCUGAGGAGGAGGACCAGUACUGGCUGAGCAUGGGCCGGACCUUCCACAGAGUGGUCUUGAAGGACAAAAUCAUCACCGUCACGCGGUAUUUGCCAAAGUAUCCGUAUGAAUCGGCCCAGAUCAACUACACCUACAGCCUGUGCCCUUCCCAUUCCGACUCCGAGUUUGUCUCUUGCUGGGUUGAGUUCUCCCAUGAGAGGUUAGAAGAGUACAAGUGGAAUUAUUUGGACCAGUACAUCUGCUCUGCUGGUUCAGAGGACUUCAGCCUCAUUGAGUCACUGAAAUUCUGGCGGACUCGCUUUCUGCUGCUGCCGGCCUGCAUCAGUGCCACAAAGCGCAUUAUGGAGGGCGAGGCGCACUGCGACAUGUAUGGGGGCAAGGUGCGCUCGGACGAAGAGGAGUGGCAGCUCCUGGAUGGCUUCAUCCGCUUUGUGGAGGGACUGAACCGCAUUCGCAGGCGCCACCGGUCGGACCGGAUGAUCCGGAAAGGAUCCGCCAUGAAAGGCUUGCAAAUGCCAGGUCCGCUUUCCACCCACUCUUUGGAGCCGUCUGGGCCUCCUCCUCUCGGUAAGAAGGGGACCUCUGCACUCUCAGCCCUGCUGGAGAUGGAAGCCAGCCAGAAGACCCUGGGCGAGCAGCAAGCAGCCGCAACGCUUGCCGGGAAGAGCGCCAUCCAGCCACCCGAGAGCAGCAGCAGCAGCAGCAGCGCAGCCCUGACCAUGACCCCAACCUACGUGGACAGUCCACGCAAGGUCUCCACCGAUCAAACGGCUCCUGCCGCCCUGGAAGGCAGCGUGUUGAGCAACGCGGGCCAGCCUGCAGACCGGAGCGGCACUCAGGGCGUUGCCAGCUCCCAGAACGUAGGAGACCAGGGCUCCACCACCGCUGGUUCCAUGGAGAACAGUUCUCAGCUGUCCUCGGCGAGCUCUCUGACGUCCUCGUCUACUUUGCUAGAGAUCCUUGAAGCCAUGAAACACCCCACCACUGGGAUUCAGCUGCUCUCGGAACAGAAGGGCCUCUCCCCGUACUGCUUUAUCAGCGCAGAGGUGGUCCACUGGCUGGUGAACAUGGUGGAAGGAGUGCCGACCCAGGCCAUGGCCAUCGACAUCAUGCAGAAAAUGCUGGAUGAGCAGCUGAUCGCUCAUGCCUCCGGAGAGGCCCUGCGGAACUUCAUCUACGGGUUUUACUUCUACAAGAUCGUGGAAGACAAGGAUCAGGAACGAGGGGGCAUCCAGCAGCCUGCCAUGUGGCAUACGGCCGCCAAGGACGACUUUUCUGCCUUCCAACGGAAAUGGUUUGAGGUGGCCUUUGUAGCUGAGGAGCUCAUUCACUCCGAGAUCCCGGCUUUCCUCCUGCCUUGGCUGCCCAGCCGCCCGGCCUCCUACGCAAGCAGACACAGCUCCUUCAGCCGCAGUUUUGGAGGGCGAAGCCAGGCAGCUGCGCUGUUAGCUGCCACAGUGCCAGAACAGCGGACAGUGACGCUGGAUGUGGACAUCAACAACCGCACGGACCGCCUGGAGUGGUGCAGCUGUUACUACCAUGGCAAUUUCUCCCUCAACGCGGCCUUCGAGAUCAAGCUGCACUGGAUGGCUGUGACAGCCACUGUUCUCUUUGAGAUGGUCCAGGGCUGGCAUCGCAAAGCCACAUCCUGUGGGUUCUUGCUGGUUCCUGUCUUAGAAGGCCCGUUUGCACUACCCAGUUAUUUGUACGGGGACCCUCUUCGCGCGCAGCUGUUCAUCCCUCUCAACAUCAGCUGCCUGCUGAAGGAGGGCACCGAGCACCUCUUCGAUGGCUUUGAGCCAGAAACCUACUGGGACCGCAUGCAUCUCCUCCAGGAGGUGAUCGCACACAGGUUUGGGUUUGUACAAGACAAAUAUUCGGCCUCUGCAUUCAACUUCCCUUCAGAGAACAAACCCCAGUACAUUCAUGUCACAGGGACGGUGUUUCUUCAGCUGCCGUACUCCAAGCGGAAGUUCUCUGGGCAGCAGAGACGGCGACGCAACUCCACCAGCUCCACCAAUCAGAACGUCUUCUGUGAAGAGCACAUUGGCUACAACUGGGCCUACAACACCAUGCUGACCAAAACGUGGCGGUCAAGCGCCACGGGAGAUGAGAAGUUUGCCGACCGGCUGCUCAAGGACUUCACAGACUUCUGCUGGAACAAAGACAACCGCCUGCUCUCCUUCUGGGCUAGCUGCUUGGAGAAGAUGCACACUAGCGCGCCCUGAAGGACGUGGGGGGGACACGUCAGACGUAGCUGGGAUGGGCAGUUCUGUGAAAAGUGAGCAUGAAGAGCCUCUCUGCACACCCUGGAAGUGAGAUCUCAGGAUGCAGCAGACUGGCGAUCGUCACAGGUGCAGAUGGAGAGCCUCACACUGCGAUGCCACCUUCGCUCGUUUCUCGGCUCCCAACAGAAUUGAGCAUCAGGCUGCAGCCGAAGAAGACCAGAAGCCUUUUCGGGAUAAUGAGCAAAGCAUUCCCAGCCCCUGGAGUGCUCAUGGUUUUUAUGUGCAUAUGUAAGAUACUGUACAAUAUUUAUGGAAGAAAAAUUGUGGUGUGUGUGUGUAUGGGAG